AUGUCCUCGUCUACUUCUGUCUGCCAGUCUCCUUCUCUCUUUCUCUCUCUUCCUGUUAUUCUUUCUCUCUUUCUUUACUUUUUUUCUUUCUCCUUUUUUCCAUUUUCUUUCAUUUUCUCUCUAUUUUUUUCUUUCACUUUUCUUUUCUUUCCUCUUUUAUUCUAUCUCUCUAUCCCUCACUCAUUCUUACUCUCCCUCCAAUUCGCAGAUUUUUUUUUUCUUUCUCUCUCUACUUUCUUUUCUCUCUCUCUCUCUCUCUCUUUUCUUUUUUUUUUUUCCCACUCUUUCUUUUUCUGGAAAAAAAAAAAAAAUAUUUCUUUCUCUUUCAUUGCCUUCUCGUCUACUCCCUCUCUCCCACUCACUCUCAUUUAUCUCCGUUUCACGUUCUUCUUUUCACCCUUUCUCUCCCUCUUUCUUCUUUUUUUAUAUAUUUCAUUUCUUUCUAUCUAUUUAUUCUUUCUUUCCCUUCUCCAGCUCUUCCUCUUCUUUUUAAUAUUUUUCUUUCUUUCUUUUUCAAACUUUUUAAUUCUUAUUCUUUUUGAUUUCUUUCUUUUCUAUUUUUUGCUUUCCUUCUUUCUUUCUUUUCUUUCUUUCUUAAAAUACCUUCUUUCUUUCUUUCUUUUUUCUUUUCUUUCUUUCUCUAAUCCUUCUUUCUUUCUUUCUUUCUUAGGCACCUUUUUUCUUUUUUCUUUUUUCUUUCUUUCUUUCUUAGGCUUGCCUUCUUUCUUUCCUUUUUCUUUCUUUUCUCUUUUUCUUAGGCUUGCCUUCUUUAUUUCUUAG